AUGAUAGUAAUGGAGCUAGCUGCUGGAGGAUCGUUACUUUCGAAAUUGAAAGAUCUCAAAAGCCCGCCUAGUACGAACGCUAAAGUGAACUUCGUGUACGGUGCCGCCAGAGGAAUGGCAUACCUACAAAGCAAGGAGAUCAUCCAUAGGGAUAUUGCCGCAAGAAACUGCCUGCUGGGUGAAAAAGACGAGGUAAAAAUAUCUGACUUCGGUCUGUCGUUCAUUGGAAAAACAUUGAGGGAAAAGAAGUUGGUUAAAGUUCCACUCAGAUGGCUGUCACCGGAAACUUUGAAAAAAGGCGUGUAUAACACGAAAACUGAUGUUUAUAGUUUUUCAAUAAUGAUCUGGGAGAUAUUCUCAUUUGGGCAGUUACCAUUCUACAAAUACGAUAACCCACAAUUAAGGGUGUUAAUCAAGGAGAAAAAGGCGACUCUUCCAACAUGUCUCUCUGAUAUACCUCCAGAUAUGAAUGAGCUACGACUGAGAUGUAUGCAUCCAGAUCCGGAUGUAAGGCCAGAUUUUCAUGAACUGGAAUCUAUUAUAGCUGAGAUGCCUGGUGUGAUCAAACCGCAGCCACCAUCACUACUCAGUCGAAUUUCCACUGCUAUAAGCGAUUACAUCUACGGACGAGUUUACACGUAA